GACACUCACGGCUUGUCUUCGCGUCUCUUGCGGGUUUUCCUUAGGGUUUUUGCAAGACCAAAAGACACACAAAUGAUGAGCCUUUCAUUCUGUCUCUGAAAUGUAAAAUGCAGCACCUGCUCCAACCUCAAAAACGCCUCAGCGAAGUCCGCGACGGGAGGAUGUUACGGAUGUCUCACCUGAAAUCGAUUCUCUGGAACAUUUUUGUCUGACCGCUUAUCACGACGCGUCGUUCUGAAUGAAAACUUUUUUAUUUAUUUAUUUAUUUAUUGAAUCGGAUUAACCGCGAAACUCCGUUGCGAUGUCUUUAACAACAUCAGCGUGGAUCGGCGCGGAAUUACGCAUUUUAGUCGAAUAUCGCUGCACUUUAUCGUCGCGUCUCGCCAAAAAAUUGUGUCCGAUUUAAAAGCAAAUCAUUCUAGAAGGUACUGUACUUUUCCCCUCUUAUUUCUGUAAAACAACUAAAAGAAUGUGGAUUAUCUGAGCAACAAGCGUCGCUGUACGAUGCGCGCAUUCCCAAGGAAAAACGCAUCAUUCAAUUGCGCGGUCUUUUUUUUAACUUAUUUUUUUAUUUUUGGGGAGAAACCCCCAACAUAUUCUUACAUCAUCCCUACUUUGAUUGGGUCUAUGGCCAUUGUUGAGAACAAACCUCUCUUUGUUUACCUAUAAAUACUCUGAAAAGUGCCUCCCCCCCUCCCCUGUUUCCUAAACCGAAAAGGAGACCAUGGCUUGCUUUCCAUGGCGAGUAUUUUGGAUAAUUCAAGCGCUUGUGGAUGUGACACUUUCGCAGGAAAUUUACGCACCUCAUUCCAUCAGAAUCGAGGGGGACCUGACCCUCGGUGGCCUUUUCCCCGUCCAUGCCCGUGGGGUCUCCGGGGAACCGUGUGGAGAUAUCAAGAGGGAAAACGGUAUUCACAGGUUGGAGGCGAUGCUGUACGCCUUGGACCAAAUCAACAGUGACGACGAGCUUUUGCCCAACAUCACUCUAGGCGCUCGGGUUCUCGAUACAUGUUCCCGAGAUACGUAUGCUUUGGAACAGUCGCUUACUUUUGUGCAAGCUCUCAUACAGAAAGACACAUCGGAUGUAAGGUGUACAAACGGAGAGCCCCCGGUGUUUGUCAAACCCGAGAAGGUGGUCGGAGUCAUUGGGGCAUCGGCGAGUUCAGUGUCCAUUAUGGUUGCAAAUAUUCUGCGACUGUUUCAGAUUCCGCAGAUCAGCUAUGCUUCCACUGCCCCAGAACUGAGUGACGACCGUCGGUACGAUUUCUUCUCUCGUGUGGUUCCACCCGACUCCUUCCAGGCACAGGCCAUGGUGGACAUUGUGAAAGCAAUGGGAUGGAACUACGUAUCUACAGUGGCAUCAGAGGGAAGCUAUGGCGAGAAAGGUGUUGAGGCCUUCAUGCAGAUUUCAAGAGAAGCUGGUGGAAUCUGCAUCGCUCAGUCCCUGAAGAUCCCACAUGACCACAAGCUGGCCGAUUUUGACAAGAUUAUCCGACAACUGCUCGAAACACGUCACGCCCGGGCGGUCAUUAUUUUUGCUUACGAUGAGGAUAUUCGGGGGAUUCUUAAUGCCAGUAAAAGAGCGGAUCAAGUGGGCCAUUUCCUGUGGAUAGGGUCAGAUAGCUGGGGAGCCAAGAACAGCCCUAUUCAAGGCCUGGAGGAUGCCGCCAUUGGUGCUGUCACCAUCCUGCCAAAAAGAGCAACUAUUGCUGGGUUUGACAUCUACUUUAAGUCACGUACACUGGAGAACAACAGGAGAAACGUCUGGUUUGCUGAGUUCUGGGAGGAGAACUUCAACUGCAAGCUCUUGAGCUCUUCCAAGAGAGAAGACACUAGCAGAAAGUGCACAGGGCAAGAACGAAUAGGUACAGACUCCAAAUACGAGCAGGAAGGGAAGGUUCAGUUUGUGAUCGAUGCGGUGUACGCCAUGGCCCAUGCCCUGCACAACAUGCAGAAGGACCUGUGUCCCGACCAGUCAAGCGUGUGUCCUGAGAUGGAGUUGGCUGGUGGCAAGAAGCUCUUAAAGUACAUUCGCUCAGUCAGCUUCAACGGGAGUGCUGAAACAUCUGUCACUUUUAAUCGGAAUGGUGAUGCCCCAGGACGAUAUGAUCUUUUCCAGUACCAGAUGAGCAUCAAUAGUACUCCAGGAUAUAAAGUUAUUGGACAGUGGACAGAAACUCUCCAACUUAAUACUGAAGACAUGCAGUGGCCUAGUGGUGAAAUGGAAAUACCCAGCUCAGUUUGCAGCCUACCCUGUAAGACGGGCCAACGCAAGAAGAUGGUGAAAGGCAUGCCUUGCUGCUGGCACUGCGAACCCUGUGACGGCUACCAGUACCAGUACGACGAGACUUCCUGCAAACUGUGUUCCUACAACAUGCGUCCAAACCCCAACCGAACGUCCUGCCAACCCAUUCCGAUUGUCAAAUUAGAGUGGCAUUCUACCUGGGCCGUCAUUUCGGUCUUCCUAGCCAUGCUCGGAAUCAUCGCCACCAUCUUUGUCAUGGCAACAUUCAUACGUUACAAUGAUACCCCAAUUGUCCGAGCAUCUGGCAGGGAGCUUAGCUACGUUCUUCUAACUGGGAUAUUUCUUUGUUACAUCAUCACUUUUGUAAUGAUCGCCACACCUGAUGUCGCAGUUUGCUCCUUUAGACGGAUCUUUCUAGGAUUGGGAAUGUGUAUUAGCUACGCCGCCCUUUUAACCAAGACGAAUCGUAUUUACCGGAUCUUCGAGGAAGGCAAGAAGUCCGUUAGUCCACCUAAACUGAUAAGCCCGAUGUCUCAGUUAGCCAUAACGUCAAGCCUCAUCUCCUUCCAGCUCUUAGGGGUUCUCAUAUGGUUCGGGAUAGAUCCUCCGAACACCAUAAUCGAUUACGAUGAGCAGAAGACCAUUAACCCAGACAAGGCUCGAGGGGUUCUCAAGUGUGACAUUACGGACCUACAAAUCAUUUGCUCUCUAGGAUACAGCAUUUUACUGAUGGUUACAUGUACAGUUUAUGCCAUCAAGACUCGAGGAGUUCCGGAAAACUUCAACGAAGCCAAACCUAUCGGCUUCACCAUGUACACCACGUGCAUUGUGUGGCUAGCCUUUAUCCCUAUUUUCUUUGGGACGGCACAGUCAGCUGAAAAGCUCUACAUCCAAACCACCACGUUGACCAUCUCCAUGAACCUGAGUGCAUCCGUGGCUUUAGGAAUGCUCUACAUGCCCAAGGUCUAUGUCAUUAUAUUCCACCCAGAGCUCAACGUGCAGAAACGAAAGCGAAGCUUCAAAGCCGUGGCUACAGCAGCUACAAUGUCCUCACGGCUAUCGCACAAACCCAGUGACCGACCCAACGGUGAGGCCAAGACCGAACUGUGCGAAAAUGUAGAUCCCAACAGUCCAGCCGCUAAGAAGAAAUACGUGAGCUACAAUGACCUUGUGAUCUGAGGACCUCCAUCAGACGAGGAAGUUGAUCGAUGACAGUUCUUGGUUUCUCUCGGAUCUUUGGCACAAAGCAAAGCAGAACAAAUGCUUUUUUGUGUCCCACCGUUUCAUUUCCUCUUUUGUCUGAGGGCCCGGACAGAGAUUGGGCCCCAAGCUAAACCACCGGCAGAGGAUAUCAGUUGGUUUUCAACACCUUUAACACCUGGAAAUAUGAAGAAAAAAAAAAAAAAAAAAGAAAAACCACCCAUAAAAAACUGAAACUGAAAAUGAAAUCAAAAAAGAAAAAGAACAGUAACAUGGAUGAUAAAACUGGAGAAAAUACAUUUUAGUUGUUUUAUUAUUAUUAUUAUUUUUUUGGAGGGAGAAAUCUUAACUGAUGAUAGGGCAAAACGUUGGCACAACACGACUGAUUUUCCGUCAGUCACUGAAUAAGGCUUGGCGUUACAGACCUUUGAUAAGGCUUCUUCUUUCUUUUUCUUUUAAAUGAUCUGUCACAGAUUUCAGAUUGUCCCGAUGAUGGAAUGACAUGGCUUCAGAAUGCCGGCCCAUGGCGGCUCCUCGACUUUACAUGUACAUCCAAACUGCAAGUUUUUGGUAUCACCAUGCAAAUUUGUGUGAUUCUCUCAGCAUUUCUGUUACCUUUGACAUUUUUCUUGUUUUUUUUUUUUCUUUGUUUUCCUUUUAAAUGUCCUUUCUUUAUUCUUGCCUUUUUGAAUGCACAUUGUGUUAAAGCCAUAUUCUUCUCUCUGAGAACUCAUUCCUGGAAUACUCUUUGUUGUCCAACCUUUAUUUUGAGGGAAUUCUCAACCUUUUGAUAAUAAAUGUGACGGUAUGCCUCAUUUUUAUACAUCUUCACCAUGUUUGUAAGGGUUUGUAGACCAUCGACUGUGUUCUUAGUGAUUUCGAGAGAUGUUGCAUUGGUUUUUCAGUAUCUAAACCCCAGUGACUGAUGGUGUUUCAGAAAUCUUUUUUAAAGAAAGUGUUCACGUAGCAGUUGUCAAUGCAUGCUUGAUAUGUUUGAUGUUGAAGUAAAAGAAUAUUUCACCGCAAUUCUCUCACGCUGGCCUGUUUACAGAUAAUUUUUUAACUUUUAUUGAUUUAUCUUUUUCUUAAGUAGUAUCUCAUUAAUUUCAAAGAUAUUCACUCACUCAAGGUAGAAUAUGGCUUUAAUUUGUCUUGGAAUUUUUAACUGCCCCGGAUCUUAUGGAGAAAUUGUGCAAAAGAUAUGAAUAUAUAUUUAAAAAUAUAUAUAUAAGAAAAAAAAAAAAGCAUGUAUGUUUUAUACUGUUUGUACUAAGUAUAUUCAUGUUGCCCUUGCUGCUUAUGUGCUGAUAUUGUGGAAGACUUUUAUGUUUGGCCACUCAUGCAACUAUACUGUGGUGUUGUCCAAGAAUGUACCAACAUUAAAUAAAACCAUUUGGUUAUUUUUUAUUA